AUGAGUUCAAAAAAACGCAUGUCCCAAAAGGAAACGCUUACAAGAUCUCAAAUUAAAAGACAUAAAAACGCGGAAAAUACUACUUACUUACAAAAGGUAUUAGAAGAAAGUGGCCUUACAUUGAAGCAACCACCAGAAAAAUCCAUAGCAUUUCAGGAAACAAUUCACAUUAUACGCAAUAUUAAGAAAAAUCUUCAAAAUCAUUUUGACUAUCCCAGAAACGCAUUAGAGUUAAUUUCUAAUUUGACAAAUAAGUGCCAAGAUAUGAAUGUGUUUAAACAUUACUUGUUUCCUAAUAUCGUAAGGUCAGCGGACGAUAGUGCCAGUGAACAUAUGACGAGUGAUAGCGUGUUAAAAAUAUUACUUAGUGUUCCUAUUCUGCAAAGCAAAUUAAUUGAUUACAUAUUUUCAAAAGCAAUGGAUUUAGCCGUUGAUUCACAGUGUAUGCCUUGGAUACAAAUGAUAUUAAAAUGUAUAUCUUCUUUAGACAGCAUUGUUAACAGUGAAGCCAUUGCAAAGCAUCUCAUAAAUUUAUUAGACAUUUCAAACGAAAAAAUUGUACGUCUUGAGAUCAUAACAGCUAUUCCUGAUAUUUUAGGUGACCAAGAACACAACAAUGUAGCUCUAGAAUUGUGCAGAAUUUUAGGAGAAGAUCACGAUCUUAUUCCUGCUAUUUUAGACUGUGUCUCUUAUCUUAAUCUUUCUGAUGAGCAACAUGAGCAAAUGCAAAAGAAAACAUUGAACAUUCUUUUUAGUUUAUCCAAGUGUAAUUAUUUCCCUAAUUUUGUAAAGAUUUUGCUUAUUCCUGGUCGAAUGAACGAAACAGGUUAUUUAGAAGCAGUUCUAGGCUUAAGAAAUGUGUUAGGUUGGCCGACAUCAUUGGCAACAUCACAAGAGAUUGCUUCAAGCCAAGUACUUACUGCAACAGCUAUUAGAAAUUCAAUGAUAUCUUCAAAACUUGUUUCAAAUGCUUGGUUGAAAGCUGUAACUAAUUGUAAAGAAAGUACUGAUCACAAAUCAAUUGAUUUUAUCAUAAUACUUAUUUUGUAUACAACUUCAGAGGAGAGACAGAGGCAACUAGAAAAUGUAUUAAAAAAACAAAUAAAAUUAAACAUCUUAAAAGAAGAUUUGAUGGAUGAAGUAUUUGAAAAAUAUAAACCAAUUUUAAAAGAUUAUUUAAAACAUUUUUGCCUUAUGACAAAUACAUUACUAAAAGCUAAAGCUGAUCCAAUAGUUCAGUCGUUUGCAUCUCAUAUAUAUAUGUUGAUGCUAUCACAUUUGGAUGAUUAUAUUCAAACUAUUGUUGCUGAACUCCUUCAGCUGAUUUUAGAUUGUAAGCAGUGUGUUAUGAACAUACUCUUGAUAUUAAAUAACGUUGCUUCUAAAGAUGUAUCAUUAUUAAAGCCCCAAAGUCUCCAAAUGUUGACACUUUUGGACAGAAUGGAUGAUAUGACACUGGCUGAAGUAAGAGCUGUUAUGGAUUUGGUCUGUGCUCUUGCCUACAGCUCUGAAAACUCUGUUAUUCGAGAUGAUAUUCACAUGGUUAUUAGAAAGGAAUUGGGCAGUUCUAGCAUUUCUAUUAAGAUUCAAGGAAUACUUGCAGGUAUCCAUGCCGUAAAAUAUUUAAUGUCCACUAACUCUAAUGAACAUCAGAUGUUAGAUCUACCUGAUGAUAUCAGCUAUGGUUCUGUAUUAUACUUAUCAGAAGGUGAUCUUCGAGAAGCUGCUCAAAUAAUAGAACUUAUAAGUCGCAGUACAAGACAAUUUCCUGAAUUGAUUGCAUUUUUUUAUGAUGAAUUAUGCACUGUUAUAAAUUCAGCAAAUCAAAUUAACAAACAUUUUUUAUCAUGGUUGACUGAUGCUGUAACCAAUGACUUACAACAAAAUUUUAUUGUUGAUUCAAUUGAUUCCGAAAGAAUAGGUGAAUUAAAAUUGUCAAUGCAAUACUGUUUGAAUAUGGAGGGAGAAAUGGAUGAAGUAAUAGCAAUUAACAUAGCUGGAUUGGCACUUAAAAAUGAAGCGGAAGUGAGUGUCGCAAUUUUGUCUCCAUUGCUUAAACUUGUUCAAUCACUGCAUUAUAAGCAACAUGAUGGGAAUCUUUCCAGCAUUGAUGCAUUGUUGGGUUGCCCAAUUGUUAUGCCUAAGUUUAAUAUUGAUGAGAUUGAAGAUAUGGAAAAUAAUACAGUAUGUCGUAUUUUGGACUGUUUGCUUUAUUGUGUGAAUUGGUUUCGAGAAUUACUGAAUGCUUUUGCAACACAAAGUGAUUGCAAUCUGAAAGAAAAAAUGAUAAAAAGAAUUCUCCAGCUAGAAGAUAUGGAAAACUUGAUAUGUCAAAUAUUGUUGAUAAGUAAAAUCUCAUAUAAACCACCAAACUGUAUUGUCAAUUCUUAUUUAACAUCCAGUUGCUUAGAUAAAAAACUUACAAAAACACAAAGUUUAAAGCAUAAGGUACAACAAAAGUCUGCGCAGGAUGAUACAGUUUUACCUGAAACAUUAAAAUCACAAGCAAGUCAACACCAUUCUUCAGUUAAAAGUCAACUUAAUCUAACUCAAACUUUACCGUUAAGAAAAUUAACUUUAAACCUACUAUUCCUCUUGAACACUGAACUGCAGAAUGCAGAAACAGAAAAUAUAUUAACAGUAAAAUCAUUAAAAUUCCUAUUGAAAUCUACUAAUGUAUACCUAGAACAAAUUUUGGUAUCAAAAAUAAAAAGACAUACAUUUUUAUCCAAACAAGAAGAGCCUUUAGUGUAUGAUGGGAAGAAAGCAGAAGAAUGUGCAGUGUCCAUAAGUAAAAUCCUUCCAAACUUAUUAAAUCAUAUCAGUUUCAUAACUAAAUACAUUGAAUAUAAUGUCCUCUCUAGAAAUGAACAAGAAUUAUCUAUUGUAGCAAUUGAACACCUAACCUGUUUGGAGAAUGUAUAUAAUAUGUUUACAAUUUACUUUAAAUGGAUUGGAUUUAAAAAUCAACACAGUGCCUUACUAAAGUCUUCAUUAAGGACAAUAGCUGGUGCAGAAAGUAAUAUGUUGUCAUUAAAAGAUUGUGUCUUGAAUAUUGUCAGAUUUUUUGAAAAACAUGAAAAGUAUUGUCUUCAAAUAACAACCGCUGUUUCCCUUGUAGAAUUUCUAAGGACUCUUCAGGAAUAUUCAAAUGAUACAACAGUUUCAAAAACUUUGAGAAAUAUUGCCUUAAACUUCUUAUCCCAACAAUGGAAAACCUCCAGUGGAGUAGUAGAAAAGGGAAUAAUUUUCAAUCAGAGUGUGGACAUCUUAGCCUGUACAUAUUUAGUAAAUAACGAAGUUUUAGCUUUAAAAACAAUAAGUCUACAGUUGGUAAACGAUAUUCAGUUUCUAAAAAGUAAAAAUGAUACUUUGAGCACAUAUAAAUGCAUCAGUAAGACCAACUUUUCAGUUCUAUACAGAAAUCUGGGUAGUGCUCUAUUUGAAGUAACAAAAAAAACUUUAAAUAAGGGAUUAACAAAUUUGGAGCACUUAGGCUUAUGGAAGGAUGUCACAACGAUUAUGAAAUCUAUGUCUGAUAUAUGCAAAACUCUAGAAAAUAGAAAUACCCUAUCAGUAUUUUUUAAAAAAUCUUUGCCAUUGAUCAAACUUUUUAUAUCACAAGGCCUUCCAAUAAUAGAAAUACAAUUUAAAAAUGACACCCAAGAAAUACUUGAAAUUUUAAAACUUCUUCAACAAUCAACACGGUUUUUACAAUCUUUGUGUUGCCACUCAAGAUUGAAGAAAGAUGCUGUAUUGAUCAGCAAAGUUCCUUACGUACGUCAGUUACUUGAAACUUUAAUAUAUAAAGUGAAGGCUGUUCUUGUAGCUAAUAACUGCUCCGAAGCAUUUUGGAUGGGUAAUUUGAAAAACAAAAACAUUCAUGGAGAAGUAAUUCAAACACAACAGAGUGUUGUAAGUGAAGAGUCUGUUGAAGAUUGUGAUGAUCAACUUCCUGAAGAUGAAGAUAAUGAGGAUAGUGAUGAAGAAAUGCUAAAUCCAGAUUCUAAAAGUAUCAGUGAUAUUGUAUGA